AUGGCGCCAUCCCCGCCUCCAGAUACGAGAGCACCAAGCGCCGACACAGAUCAAGGUGGACUACCUUGGGCUCAAGUCGCCCAAACUCAGAUAAACAGUUACGUGACCCACAAGCAGCAGGAACUUAGUGGUAUGAUUAAGGAGGAAGAAAUCAAAACAGAAACGGAACUCCACAUGCACGUCAAAGCUUGCUUGGAUGCAAUUAACUAUCUCGGCCCUUCAACCGAGGUGGGAAAGAACUUCAAGGCUAGAAUCUUGGAACAUUUUCCAGAUGACGAGGAUCUGGGCCACUUAGUCUACAGGAAGGUCAUGCAGGGAGUCAAGGGACGCAGCCCUCACUGGGACAUGAUCGGCUCGAAGCUGCGCGAGAUUGUCGACAUCCUGAAAAGCGGCCGUGAUGACAGCCGCGGUGAGUCUCAGCACGAAAGUCGGCUUGAAGCAUCGUCAAAGUCUGCUGGAGAGCUUCCAACGCCAGUGUCACCGAGUUUUUCCGCACAAUUCAAAUCCUCCUCAAGCGGUCGAAAGCGGCCUCCUCCAUCAGAAAGAUCAUCCUAUGCCACCUCCACCAUCGCCACGGAGUGCCAGAAAAAAGGUAGACUGCCGGGCUCAGAAAGUUUCAAGCACCAGCGCAAAAGCAAGAUCAACAUCACCAACUGGUACAGCCUCAUCUACCCGGGGUUCUCCAACAAAGCGCGGUGA